AUGGGUUGUAUGAAACGAAAAUAUAAAAAGCAACAUUAUCAAUCAGCUGUUUCGAUCCCUGUAAUGGCGAGAUCUAGAGUUGGGCAUUUCGUUGAAGCUCAGAUAUUAGAAGCCAUCGGUGUUGAUUACAUCGAUGAGAGCGAAGCUUUGGCUUUGGCCGACGAGGAUAAUUUCAUCAACAAGCAUAAUUUUCGAACCCCAUUUCUUUGUGGGUGUCGAAAUCUUGGGGAGGCUUUGAGCAGGAUUAGGGAAGGAGCCGAUAUGGUAAGGACUCAAGGGGAAUUAACAGGUUCAGGUAACGUUUCCGAGACUGUACGGAGCUUGAGAUCAAUAAUAAGGGAGAUUAGGGUUUUAAACAACAUGGAUGAAGAUGAAGUGUUUGCCUUUUCGAAGAAGAUAGUUGCGCCUUAUGAUCUGGUUGCUCAGACCAAGCAAAUGGGUCGUCUUCCCGUAGUUCAAUUUGCCGCCGGAGGGAUUGUGACACCGGCCGAUGCGGCACUGAUGAUGCAAUUGGGAUGCGACGGUGUUUUUGUGGGUUUGGAGAUUUUCAAUUCUUCUGAUCCGUAUAAGCGUGUGAGAGGCAUAACUCAGGCUAUUAGGCAUUACAAUGAUCCCCAUGUGCUUGUGGAAACGAGCACUGGUUUGGCUGAUGCCAUGGUUGGUCUCAACCUCAAUGAGGAUAGGAUUGAACAGUUUUAAGUUUUAACCAUGGUUGUCUCUUUGAGAAGAGU